GUUGCUGUAGCAGAACUGCGAGAGUGCGAGGUUCAUUUCCGUAUUUCUAUCAGACAAACGCAGUGCUUGUUACUAGUGCUAGUGACUUUUGUUAUAGGAAAAUCAUUAAUUGAUAAAAUUGGUAGUCUUGAAACCUUAAAUUUUGUAAUCGAGCGGAUUUAGGGCAAUUCGUUUGGGUUUAUUGGGGAUAGAUUUUCAUUUAAAAUUAAAACGUCACGUUUGGCAUUUCUAGUAUGUCAUGGAAAACAAAUAGCGUGAAAUAGUCGAGAAUCAAAGUUUCAAUCAAGAAUUCGAGUGGAAAUUCAAGAAUUCAAAGCUAUAUAGCGGGUAUCCAAGAAGAUCGAAUUCAAAUAGUCCGCCAAGGGGUGACGUCAAGUCGAUAAUAGACGAAAGAUACCUCGUGAAAUAUCGUCCACUUAGUGUGGCGGGCGCGGCCAUAUUGGUAGUACGAGGAAAAAAGCUGAUAGGUUUGUGUUGUGCUGUGAAUUUCAUCUAAAAUCAUCUGAAAAUGGCUGAUAGAGAGGAUAAUGUUUACAAAGCGAAAUUAGCAGAACAAGCUGAACGAUAUGAUGAAAUGGUGGAAGCCAUGAAAAAAGUCGCCAAGCUGGACUUGGAGCUCACUGUCGAGGAGCGUAAUCUCCUCUCUGUGGCCUACAAGAAUGUGAUCGGAGCAAGAAGGGCCUCCUGGAGGAUAAUCUCCUCAAUAGAGCAGAAAGAGGAAAACAAGGGGGCUGACGAUAAACUGGAAAUGAUCCGCCAGUAUCGUUCCCAAGUUGAGAAGGAACUUCACGAUAUCUGUUCCGACAUCCUCACCGUCCUGGACAAACAUCUGAUACCUUCUGCUUCUACGAGCGAAUCUAAGGUAUUCUACUACAAAAUGAAAGGCGACUAUCACCGCUACUUAGCCGAGUUCGCAACUGGCACCGAUCGCAAAGAUGCCGCCGAAGAUUCUUUGGUAGCUUACAAGGCGGCGAGCGACGUCGCCAUGACCGAAUUACCUCCGACACACCCCAUCAGGCUUGGUCUGGCUCUUAACUUCUCCGUAUUUUAUUAUGAGAUAUUGAACAGUCCUGAUAGGGCCUGUCGCCUUGCGAAGGCGGCAUUCGACGAUGCCAUUGCCGAACUGGACACCCUCAGCGAGGAGAGCUACAAAGACAGCACGCUCAUCAUGCAGCUGCUCAGGGACAAUCUUACCUUGUGGACCAGUGACAUGCAGGGAGACGGUGAGAACGAACCAAAGGAACAACUGCAGGACGUUGAAGAUCAGGAUGUCUCGUAAUUUAAGCGUUUAACAAAAGAACGAACUAAAAAAGUGCUGUGUAGUGCAGGGCGUAAAGUUCAAAAUUAUGCUCUAGACAUUAUCAACAGGGCAUCGUAUCACAACUCCCCGAUACAGAGCCCGGUACAUAUUGUAUUAUUAUUAUUAUUAUUCUUAGCCGUAAAUAUACUGUCUCUGUUUUGUCUUA